AUGGACAACAUCUCGGAGAUUCAACAGACCAUUCUUAUUGGUGCAGUCGUUGCAACUUUCCUUUUCAACACUGGACGUAUUAUAAAAGCAGUAGACAUCUUUAACGAAUGUUUGGUGCUCCUUAACGGUAAAGCUCUAGAGACAAUCAAAGAACUUACCACACCACUUGUUAUCAAAUUUUACCAUAAACUUCUUGAUGGCUAUACUCGUGUGUACGAUCACACCCGUGCCACAGAAUGUGGUAAAAAGCUUCUAGUGACACUACACAAUAGUGGCCAAAAAGAAGUAGAAGGGAUGACAUUACUUAAACUAGCGAACAUCUACUAUCAAACAAGCAAAUACGAGGAAGCAAAACAGUUUUACGAGAAGGCACUCAGCAUCAUGAUUGAGGCUGGAAAUAAUCGCGGAGUUGGAACAUGUUACGUGAAUCUAGGAGCUGUGUUUCAAUCCGUUGGUCAAUAUACCAAGGCUGAAGAAUACCUUCAAAAAGCACUAGUGAUCAGAAAAGAAAUCGGUGACAAAGAAGGAGAAGCAUCUGCUUACGGAAAUCUAGGAACUGUGUUUCAGUCUGUUGGUCAAUAUACCAAGGCUGAAGAAUACCUUCAAAAAGCACUAGUGAUCAUGAAAGAAAUCGGUGACAAAAAAGGAGAAGCAAUUGCUUAUGGAAAUCUAGGAUUUGUGUUUCUUUCUGUUGGUCAAUAUACCAAGGCUGAAGAAUACCUUCGAAAAGCGCUAGUGAUCAGCAAAGAAAUCGGUGACAAAGAAGGAGAAGCAUCUGCUUGCGCAAAUCUAGGAAAUGUGUUUCAAUCUGUUGGUCAAUAUACCAAGGCUGAAGAAUACCUUCAAAAAGCACUAGUGAUCAUGAGAGAAAUCGGUUUCCAAAAAGGAGAAGCAUCUGCCUACGGAAGUCUAGGAACUGUGUUUCAAUCUGUUGGGCAAUAUACCAAGGCUGAAGAAUACCUUCAAAAAGCACUAGUGAUCAGCAAAGAAAUCGGUGACAAAAAAGGAGAAGCAUCUGGUUACGGACAACUAGGAACUGUGUUUCAAUCUGUUGGUCAAUAUACCAAGGCUGAAGAAUACCUUCAAAAAGCGCUAGUGAUCAGCAAAGAAAUCGGUGACAAAGAAGGAGAAGCAUCUGCUUACGGAAAGCUAGGAACUGUGUUUACAUCUGUUGGUCAAUAUACCAAGGCUGAAGAAUACCUUCAAAAAGCACUAGUGAUCAGGAAAGAAAUCGGUGACAAACCAGGAGAAGCAUCUGGUUACGGAAAUCUAGGAACUGUGUUUCUUUCUGUUGGUCAAUAUACCAAGGCUGAAGAAUACCUUCAAAACGCACUGGUGAUCAAGAAAGAAAUCGGUGACAAACAAGGAGAAGCAUUUGUUUACGGAAAUCUAGGAAGUGUGUUUGAAGCUGUUGGUCAAUAUACCAAGGCUGAAGAAUACCUUCAGAAAGCUCUAGUGAUCAGGAAAGAAAUCGGUGACAAAGAAGGAGAAGCAGCAGAUUACGGAAAUCUAGGAACUGUGUUUCUUUCUGUUGGUCAAUAUACCAAGGCUGAAGAAUACCUUCAAAAAGCAUUAGUGAUCAUUAAAGAAAUCGGUCACAAAAAAGGAGAAGCAACUGCUUACGGAAAUCUAGGAUUUGUGUUUCUUUCUGUUGAUCAAUAUACCAAGGCCGAAGAAUACCUUCAAAAAGCACUAGUGAUCAAUCAAGAAAUCGGAGACAAAGCUGGUGUUGGAGCUUCAUACUUAAAUCUGGGAAAACUUUGUCGAAAAUUUCAACUUACUGCACAGAGUCAAGAAUUUACUAUUAAAGCACUUGAGAUGAGUUACGAAAUAGGGAGCAUUGAAAUGCAGUUUGAUAGCCACCUUGCCAUUGCUCUGAAUGAGUUAGUGGCAGGAGGAAGCAUAACUGAAGUUCUGCGAAAUCUGCAUGAAAGCAUUCAGAAGUGCGAAGAAAUGCAUGAUUUUUUAAGAGUGAAAGAUCCAUUCAAAAUUUCUUUUUUUGAUGAGCAUGUGUCCCCUUACCUUCUCCUUUGUAGGUUGUUAAUUGCUACAGGCAGUUAUUAUGAAGCUCUUUACGUUGCCGAGCUUGGACGAUCCAGAGCACUGACAGACGUACUUUCAGAUAAUUACUCUGUGGAAAAAGGGGUAUCAGUCAAGCCACAGUCAUGGAUUGGCAUUGAGAACAUCAUGAACAAAAAUGCACUUAGUUCUUGUCUUUAUGUUUCCUGCUUCGAUGAUAAUAUGUACUUUUGGAUCCUCAAGCCGAACAAAAUUAUAGUUUUUCGACAAACGAGACUCAAAGAAAGAGCAGAUAAAGUGUUUGGAAAUCACACAUUUGGUGGCUCUCUUGAUUUACGUCAAGACCAAUGCGAAGAUCGAUCAUUAUUUUCAUGUGUAAUUUCCCCGCUAUCAUGCAAACAAUCUCAGAGUGACAGCUUCGAAUCUUUGCGUCUUAUCGAAGAAGAGGAAGACGAAAAUCACGACUCUAAACCUUUAACCCUUGCUGGUGGUUACAACAUGAUAGUCGCUCCUGUAGCUGACUUACUCCAAGAAUCAGAAAUCAUUAUUAUACCGGAUAACUUGUUGUUUCCUAUUCCUUUUGCUGCUUUAAAGGAUGGUAAUGGAAAGUAUUUAUCGGAUACUUUCAGGAUUCGUAUUGUCCCUUCGUUGACGACUCUUAAGUUGAUUCAGCUCAGUCCAGGAGACUACCAUAGUAAAACCGGUGCACUGAUCGUAGGGGAGCCAGAGGUUAGUGAUGUAUACUACCAAGGACACAUACUACAGUUAAACUCGCUGCCUUGGGCGAGAAAGGAGGCAGAGAUGAUUGGGCGACUGCUCGGUGUUCAACCGUUGCUUGGAAAGGAUGCAACUAAGCAGGCAGUCCUGGAAAGCAUGGAUUCAGUAAGUCUUAUUCACUUUGCUGCUCAUGGUGAUGACGAACGUGGAGAAAUAGCUCUUUCCCCUAUAAGCUCCUGCGGAACUCCACACGAAGAAGACUACUUAUUAACGAUGGCUGAAAUUUCACAAGUUCGACUAACAGCCAAGCUGGUUGUCCUUAGCUGCUGUCAUAGUGCAAGUGGUCAGAUUAGAGCUGAGGGAAUUGUUGGAAUCGCUCGAGCAUUUCUAGCAUCGGGCGCACGCGCCGUGCUGGCGGCGCUGUGGGCUGUAGAUGACAAAGCUACCAUGUGGUUUAUGAAUCGUUUUUACGAGCACCUUGUUCGUGGUGAAAGUGCCAGUGAAUCUCUUCAUCAGGCCAUGAAGUCGAUGAGAGAGACUCGCUUUUCUGACGUCAAGCAGUGGGCACCCUUUAUGCUGAUUGGAGAUAAUGUGUCAUUCAAAGGUUUGUAUUUGAUAUCAUUUUUAGGUUUUUUAGUUAUCUUAGUCAAAAUUUGUGAAAUUGAUGUUCGUGACACUACGCAUCAUUUUGAAAAAUAUUAUGAAGGGAGUUAUACUGAGUUUUCGUAGUUUUUUUUUUUUAUUUAUUGUCUUUUCCAACCCUGGUGAUGGAAGUGAGGCAUCUGGAGAGAAGGCCGAAUUCAAUUGUUUUCCGAUUUUUAUGGAAUAUUUCGUAAAGGAUGCUCGAAUCUCUAACUUACUAAAAUGAAAAUGUAGAAAACGAUAGUUGAGAUUCCAAAGAGCAUAUGAAAAUAAUUUAUUAAUAUCCCAUAAAAUUCCGAAAAUAAUCCCUGGGGCUUAUAUUUUUCAAAAGCCCUUUUUGAGGGGCUUAUUUUUGGAGGGGCUGAUAUUCGGAGGGGCUUAUUUACGGAGGGAAAUUUGCGUUUCAAAAUCGAUUGGACUAGCCUUAUAGUUGGAACUAAAUUUACCGUUUUUGCUUUGUUUUACUUUGAGGGCAAUUUUCGAAGUACAAGCCCUGGGGGGGCUUAUAUGCGGAGGGCCGAUUUAACGGAGGCUUUUUACGUUACCGGUUUGGGGGGCUUAGUUUUGUAGGGGCUUAUACAUGGAGGGGCUUAUUUUCGGAAUUUUACGGUAUCACAGAGAAGAGAAGUAAGUGUUAAACACACUUUUUCUUGAGGGUGUGCCUGAUGAAAGAAAAAAUGUAGUCUGUUCCACGCUCCGCGACGGAGUCGCUGCGCACGCCUUUCACCGCUUCAUCCCUACUAUUCAAGAGCCUGGAACAGGCUUUAAAAAACGCUGCUAGUAUUUUUAGUGAGAGUGAAGAAUGAUCAUUGCAGUAAAUUUUCCAAUUUAAGCAAUUGGAAAGAAGAAGCCUGAAAAAAAUCAGGGCUUCAACGGGAUUCGAACCCGUGACCUCCGCGUUGCUGGUGCGUUGCUCUACCAACUGACCUAUGAAGCCACACAUAGCUCAGUUGGUAGAGCAACGCACCGGCAACGCGGAAGUCACGGGUUCGAAUCCCGUUGAAGCCCUGAUUUUUUUCAGGCUUCUUCUUUCCAAUUGCUUAAAUUGGAAAAUUUACUGCGAUGAUCAUUCUUCACUCUCAUCUACAACCGCAGUUCAAAAAUGAAUUAUUUCAUAUACUUCACAGUAUUUUUAGUCUUAAAAAGAUUCAUCCUCAGGGAACCAGAGAUAGUGCAGAGGGUAUACAAACUAAUUACCGGUGGGCGAGAGUUUGAAAGCAGACGGAAAGAUUCCCUGGGCACUUAAUCUAGCUCAAGCAGGUGCAGGGGCAUUUGAUUUUGCAACUUCUAUUUUAUACAGGUAUUUUUCUGGCAAAUGAGCUAAGGGCAACUCCCUUGUCGAUUUCGUGUGUUCUUAAAAGGAGGUCAUUUUCGUCAUCAAUCGCCUCGUUUAUGAUGUUUGUUCCCCGGAGAAAUCGAAAGAUUUAAUAUGCCCCCAAGAAAGUAUUUCAUUCGAUUCGAUUGGGUUUUACGAUACGUUUUGCUUUAGUUCUCUUCGUAGUCGCGAUUUUGUACCAGAGGAGAUGGCUGAUAUUCUGGGCAACCAUUGCACAGGCUGCUCGGGCUGCUUGGGCGGCAAGGGAUAGCAUGGUUGGCUUGAUAUCAAUCUCCUGCUUGAAGCUAUAAUCUGAUCAGUAUACAAACAGCAAACGAAUCGAAGGAAUUUGAAAUGAAGUAAAAUAUUCUCACUGCAUACAUAAUUGGCCGGUGACGCGGGAAUUAAGUAACUCUUUUAAAUUCCGUGGUGUUGGGCCUGCGCGCUCGUGCCAUGAUGCAUUGCGGCCCUUGGUUAGAAUUGCUUAGUUUUUGCCCGCCUCUUGGCUAGUUCAACGGGGUUCAGUGGAAGUGACUUAGAAGUUUCGCCCCUCCCACCUCCCCUGGUGGCGGUUGACGUCGCUUACUCUCAUUAUUCGGCAUGCCUGUUGUCCUGGCAGUCGCGGUUGCCUCCCACAACUUAUUUCUCCGUGUCGGAACAAUAGGUAUGCAAUGCGAAUAUUAUACCAAUCACAUUUAAGCUGAAAGUGAGACAAUAUGACUUUACUGAAUUUUUAGCAUGUAAAUGAUUCCUCAAAAUGUAAAGGUUUUGCUAUUUGUUUGACUUUGAAAAAUCUGUGCCAGAUAUUUAGGUAAAACAUUUAGCGCAACGAGCAACAGAAGCAUGUUGAUCGAUGGCUAAAAUAAAUCGUGCAAAGAAUACAUACGAAAGGGAAACGUCAUGAUUAGUUUUUUUUAUUUGCAUCGCAGGAGCAUUUGAUAAGAGCAGUUUGAAAGAUGGCGAAGGUGCAGCGGAAACAAAGAACUUGUAAACUGAGAGGAAACAUGUUGAAGUUGACAACUACUGUCACAGCUGUACAUAAAUGUAUAUACGUAGGAUCUCAAUGAAGAAGUCUUGUAUGAGACCGCAAAGUGAACAGGUGAUAACUGUACUUUUUAAAGCAGGCGUCAUUUUGAUACGUUACGGGGGAAGGUAAAGCAUGAGCUGAGCGUGGAGCACAAGGAGAAUGGAUAGCCAGGACCAGUUAGUCGUUCUCAUAGUGGAGACGUCAAAGUUGUAUAGACCUUCUGAACCUGCGUCUACUAUAUUAGUCAGGGCUUCUUUCGUUCUACGUGACUUCUGCUACUCUCGUCAAGACCUGCCCUUCAAUUCACGCUUGCUUCAAAUAUACACACCACAUGUGAUGGUUUUCAGGCGAGAUUCUGUGUUACCAAUUUUGACAUAUUGCUUACGAGUAGUUACAUAUAUAUAGCUUGAAAACCAUGCAUAGGGGAGUCCUCGGAUCCCAUACUAAUAUAAUUUUCUAAGAGAAUAUGGUGGUUAAUUGUAUCAAAGGCCUUGGAAAAGUCUAAACAGAUACCACAUGUUAUUUUUUGAUCAUCAACUGCUGACUUUAAUUUUUCCACAGUUUCUAGAGUAGCAUAUUCAGUGGAAUAUCCCUUUCGAAAGCCAAAUUGGAAGUUAAAAAGUAGACAUUCUCUUUCCAGAUAGGACACAAGUUGGUCAUAUACUAGUCUUUCCAGUACUUUACUAAAAGGAAGAAAUAACUGCUAUUGGCCUGUAAUUUCCUUACUCAGAUAGACUACCACUUUAAAAUAUUGGGGUUACUUUUGAUAUCUUAAAGAUUUCAGGAAACUCCCCUGAUAAUAUUGAUUCAUUAUAUAUUUCAGUAAAGGGUGCAGACAGCUGUUUAGUUGCUUUUUUAAUAAGCUUGUUAGGAACAAUAAGGGAUGCUUUGUUUCCUUUUAGCCCAGCAAAUAAUGUAAAUACUUGUGUUUGGGUUACUGGAGCAAGGUAAAAACUGUUUGAAGGCGUAGAUUCUAUAUAUUGCAAAGGGUCUGUAUGAUCAGUUUUGAUUUCCUUUGCUAAAGUUGGCCCAAUGUUUACAAAGAGGUUAUUGAAUAAUUCGGCAAUGUCCUUUUCUUGUGUAAAAGUCCUGUUAUUGUGAGAGAUUCUCGUGGGGAAAGUUUGACCUUUGGUUUUCCUUUUAACAAGGGUACCAAUAAAUUUUCAAGUUUGCUUAAGGUUGUCUUUGUACUUGUACUACAAAUUGCAUGUUAUAGUAUUCUGUCUCACUUUUAUUCUUAAGAUGUGAAAGAAUAGCUGCAUAAUGUUUAUAUUCCCCAAUUUUUUGUAAGUGCUUGCUUAAGAAAUGCGUACGGUACAUUUUCUGUUUCCUUUUUACCGAUUUUAGGAUACCCUUAGUGAGCCAUGGCUUAUUAAGUUGCCUUUGCUUGCUUUGGCUAGCCAGCUUGAUAGGCGCAUGUUUGUCCACAAUUUUAUUCAGGGUAUUGAUUGCCUCCUGUAUCUUUUCAUUUAGAUUCUUUUCUGGGUUGAGAAUUUCGUGCCAAUCGAUCAGUUUUAUAUCAUCUAAGUAUAGAUCUUUAUUAAAUUUAGAGUAGUCUCGAAAAUGUAUUUUGUUACUAUCAUUCCGUGUAGGCUGGG